AUGCCACUCUCCGACACAGGCAGAGCAUGGCUCUUAGCCGUUUGCUCUGGCAUCGCCUGUGUUAUCGGCAGCUUUAUCAUUUGCUCGGAUUUGGUUCUGCGGCGAUUUAAGCGCUUCGAAAGAUUUGAUAUCCGCGAGGAUAAACGGAUAUUAGUCUAUGGCUUCAGCUUGAGCUCUGGAGUUAUGCUCUUGACGUCCAUGUACGAAUUGCUCCCAGAAGCAAUGGAGAAUCUAGUCACAUCCUCCUCUCUAUUCGAGAAAGAGACGCCCUCAGGACUAGUCCUGAUGGCCUCCUACGUCCUCGGCGUUGCCAUCUUUGUUAUUCUCAACCAGAUCAUACAUGCGCUCACCGCUAGGAGCGUCGUGCACUGCGCCCAUGAGAAUCUUGAUGACGGCGAGGGACAUAGCCAUGGACAUUCGCAUGGCCACAGCCAUGCUGCUCCCUCUGUCGCGGAAAAAGAGGUUCAUUCUCACUCCCACUCCCACGACGCAGAGCCGGUAGCUGCAAACUAUGGCUCAACAGCUUCGGAGAAGACACCUCUCGUCCACAGCGUGAACCACCGUGCUGCCUCUGACGUUUCCGACGACAACGACUCCCUUGCCCAUGACCUGAACUACUUUGACCACACCAACUCCUCCUCCUCCGCCUCCUCCACCGUCCUCAUCGACGACUCCGACCCAACCGUGAACGCAACCACCGUGGUCCCGAACCCAAAUUACGUCGACCUCCUCGCAAUCGGCCUCCAAACCUCGCUCGCGAUCUCGCUCCACAAAAUCCCCGAGGGCUUCGUCACCUACGUCACCACCUACGCCGACCCGAAACUCGGCCUCUCUGUCUUCAUCGCGCUCGCAAUCCACAACUUCAUCGAGGGUUUCACCAUCGCCUUCCCGCUCUACCUCGCCCUCGGCUCCCGCUCCAUGGCUCUGGCGGCCGCUUUCGUCCUCGGCGGCCUCUCGCAGCCGCUGGGCGCGUUAAUCGCCUGGCUCGCGUUCAGAAACUCGGAGCCCCCGUCUGCAGAGGAUGACCAGGGCACGGUCAUUUACGGUGUCAUAUUCGGUGUCGUGGGUGGCUUCUUGACGAUCAUUGCGCUGCAGAUGUUCGCCACGGCGGUCAACUUCAGCAAAAAACCUAGCGUGUGUAUUAACUGGGCUUUCGCGGGUAUCGUCCUCGUCGGUAUCGCAAUGAGCUUAGGCGAUGUCUAA